CGCGUCAUAGGUCACCGUUACGUCAAAGAUCACGAUCACGUCAAAGGCCAACAUCACGUGAAAGACGAUUGCCUCCAAACGAAGGACAUGAAGGGAGAGCGCGUGGUCAAAAACGUUCAAAGAAAACAAUGGCAGAGUUUAUUCUUGAUUGCAUAGAGUUUUAUUCAGCGAGAGAUGGUUAUGGACACGAGGACAGGCGCAAGCGAUAUCAGAGACCUAAUGAUGACCAGCUAUAUCUGGGAGAAAAUAUAUACAUUGGAAGUUUUCAAUGGGAGCUUUUGCAAAGAGAGAGGCCCUCUACAUUUUUAAUUUAUCUGGCUUUGCACAUAUGGGAUUCGCGUGAUUUAUGUAAUAGAGCCUUAGAUGUUAGCAAAGUUAACAAUCAUAUACCUGGAAGGUCUCCUGUCAAGCUGAUUGAAAACAAUCUACUAAGAUUACUUAUAAGCUUGUACUCGGACUUUUUGAUACGCCAAGGCUACUCAGCAGAAGAAAAAGUACGAUUUUUGUUAAAAGUUACCUAUAUUCUAAGAUUUAAGAUAAGAGAUUUGAGACGCGAGGAAAUAAAACGGCUUACCAAUGCAGCACCUAAUCAACGCAAUCCUCGUAGAAAACUACGUUACACUGAUUAAAAUAGAAUAACUAAGAAAUCUAAAUCAAAUGAAACAUACGUUGAAAAUGUUUUAUAAGGCUUUAUCUUAAUUCGCAUUAUUCCAUUCUUAAUUCUUAAUUCUCAUUAUUAUUGAUUAUUUUCAAACAAGAGAGUAGUUUUGACAUGAUCUCAUCUCAAAUAUUGUGAUUUAAAAGUUUGAAGAAAAAAAUUUCUUUCUAGUAUUAUGUACA